CUCUCUCUCUCUCUCUCUCUCUCUCUCUCACACACACACAGCUUAGUUUAUCGGCUGUGUACAUUUGAAAACUCUACCUCUCGCUUUCUCUCUAGAUAUCCAUUAAUAUAUGUGUGUAUAUACCUUCUUUCGUCUGGAUUUCAGCUUUAUUGUGCUUGUUCGAAUGUUUGGAGUUCCUAUUAGUAGAGAGAUAUGAGAUGCCGAUUUCUUCUGGCAAUUAUUGAAGGAACCUGAGCUCGAUUUCAGAUCUAGAGGUGUCCGUUUCGAAUUUGAAGCGACAUUACGAGGCUUUCGGUAUGUUUUGAGUCUGCCAAUCAACAGAUAGGGUUUCGAGUUCGAGAAUCGGAGGUUUUGCUGUGGCCGUGGACGUGCGAAUUUGGUGAUAAACUAGUGAUUUGGAGCUAUUGAUUUUGGUACAGAAGAGUCCUGAGGGUGCAUUGGGUUUAUUACAGGUCGUGUUUGGAGUUUUGAUUGAAAAUCUAGGGUUUUUAGUUGGAGAUUUGGUGGUUUUGAUGUUUUCUGAGGUGGUGGAUUUUGGAUUGGUGAUGAAUUGCAGUUUUAAGGUUUGUAGAGCACAGAUUUUGUGAUGAAUCGGAGUUUUAGGGCUCAGGAGACCGGAAUGCAAGCUGCUCUGAAACAGCAGAGACAGCUGCCAAUGGGGGGUACGAGGACGUCGUUGAUGAGGGAGAAGGAAGAGGAGCUUGCUUUGUUUCUCGAGAUGCGUAACCGCGAGAAGGAGAGGGACAAUCUUCUUUUUCAGAACACAGAAGAGUUCGAUGCGCCAUUUGGAUCAAACCAGGGAGGUUCACCCAUCUUCAACAUUCCAUCAGCCACAAAUGCGCGCAAGACUGGUGCUGAUGAUAUUCUGAAUUCUGACAAUGAUAAGAAUGAUUAUGACUGGCUUCUAACCCCUCCUGGUACUCCUCUUUUUCCCUCACUGGAGAUGGAAUCACAUAAGUCCGUUAUGAGUCAGACUGGAACUCCUAAAGCUCGUCCCACUUCACUGAAAUCUAGACUAGCAAAUCCACAUCCAGAGCCUGCUGCAAGAAACAAUAUAGCACCUAGACAACCAGCUUUGUCUCCUGGAUUGAAUGUCUCGAGUACAGGGAUACGCAGGCCCUCUUCAUCUGGGGGUCCCGGAUCAAGACCUGCUACGCCAACUGGCCGCCCCAAUUUGACUGCCACUUCUAAAUCCAUAUCAAGCUCAGUAUCAAAACCGACUGUGACCACUGUAUCUAAGCCCACAAUGACAGCCACAACUAAGCCUUCGAGGUCUUCAACGCCUACUUCUCGUGCCACUGUGCCAGCAACUAAGCCCACAGUUCCUGCAAGAUCCUCUACGCCUACGGCGAGGUCUACUGCAAGAUCCUCUACACCUACGGCGAGGUCUACUGCAAGAUCCUCUACGCCUACGGCGAGGUCUACUGCAAGAUCUUCAACCCCAACGACUAGACCCUCUAUACCUGCAUCCAUACCUGCAUCCAAGUCCACAUCGAGGGCAGUAACACCAACACGUAGACCAACCGCAGUUUCUUCAGUGGCAAAUACAUCUGCUCCUCCGGUUAAGUCUCCACCUCCUUCGGUUAACAGGAUAGUUCCCACUACAGCAAGAAAUCCAGUGCCACCACGUGCUAGUUCUCCAACAGUGAAAUCCAGACCAUGGAAACCUUCGGAAAUGCCUGGAUACUCCCUUGAUGCCCCACCAAAUUUGAGGACAUCCCUUCCUGACAGGCCUAUUUCAGCCACUAGAGGCAGGCCUGGAGCACCAAGUGUUCGGUCCUCAUCUGUUGAGCCUGUUUCUAAUGGAAGGAUGAGACGGCAAUCAUGCUCUCCAUCUAGAGGAAGGCUCCCAAAUGGCAGUGUUCAUAGCAGUGGUGGCUCUGUUCCUGCAUUGAAUCGUGCAUAUGCUAAAGCUAAUGACAACGUAAGCCCUGUUGUGAUUGGAAACAAGAUGGUAGAAAGGGUAAUAAAUAUGCGUAAACUAGUUCCACCAAAGCAAGAUGACAAGCAUUCGCCCCGUAGUAACUUAUCUGGGAAGUCUUCAUCGCCUGACAGCUCAGGCUUUGGACGAACCCUUUCAAAGAAAUCUUUGGAUAUGGCUAUAAGGCACAUGGAUAUAAGGCGAACCAUUCCGGGCAAUCUACGGCCAUUGAUGACAAACAUUCCAGCAUCCUCCAUGUAUAGUGUGAGAUCUGGGCCUACAAAAAGCAGGACAGUCAGUGUUUCAGACUCCCCUCUUGCAACAAGCAGUAAUGGUAGUUCUGAAAUGAGUGUCAAUAACAAUGCCCUCUGCCCAAAUGGAGGCGAAGUUGAUGAUGGUAUUAGCAGCGAUAAAUGUGUUCGGUCUCUGGCCGGUUUGAGGGGUCGGGGAUGA